AUGCGUGUGACGCGGGUGACAGAGGAACCUCGUGGUAGGAUCCAGGCCCAGACGGAGACGGGUGGUCAGAGGGAACUAGGAGCGGAAGAAGACAGAGUGAGGGAGAAACGAAAGCGACGAAAGACCGAAAACAUGAUGGAAGACGCUGCAAGAGGAAUAAGAUCGAGGGAAGGAAAGGAAGGACGAGAUGAGGGUAGCACUGCCCUGGCUAUCACAAAGGGUUACAGUGACAUGAAUCCUGUUGAGUAG